AUGGAGCCUGCGCUUUCCGUGGCCAACAUGGCCUCGGGGUCUCUGCUCCUCGAGAUGGACGAUGCAGAAUUGAAGGCCUUGUGGACGAGCCCGGGCGGUGGCCUUCGUGCCCUCUCGUCGCGCCUCACAGUGGCGACGGGCUGCCCGAGGUUUCGUCAGCGGCUGUUCGCUGAAGGUGAUCUCGUUGCUGAUGAGUCUGCACUUCUGUCGCCUUGCUCUCUGCAGCUGGUGCUACUGCCGGUGUGCGCGACUACUUCCAAGCAGCGGGAGCAGGUCGGGAAGGCCAUCUUGCUCCAACAGCCGACGGUGGUGGAGGAGCUGCUGCGGCUCUGCCACGACCCGAACAUGCUGGUUCCCCACGGCCGCAGCGCCCUCCACGCGCUGACGGUGGCGGCAAUCAACGGCAAUUGCGAGUGCCUGCGUCUUCUUCUGGAGGCGGAGGCCGACGUGGACGUCUCCAAGGCCUCCGGCCUGACCGCUUUGCAGUGGGCGGCGCGGAAGGGGCACGUGGAGGCGUCUCAGCUGCUCGUAUCGGCCAUGGCCGACGUAGACAAGGCCGACGGAACUCCAACUGCCCUGCAGCUUGCAGCAAAGUGCGGUCACGUUGAAAUCGUGGCUUCGUUGCUGCAAGCGCGGGCGAACCCCGACAAGAAAGCUUGGGGCGGUGCACAGGGUGCCUCUACAGCGUUGCAACAAGCCUCGGAGAAUGGCCACCUGCAGAUCGUACGGCUUCUAGUGGAUGCAGGAGCAGACAAGGAGGCGGCUGGUCCUGUUGACAUAGGCAUGACCCCGCUGGGCUGGGCUUGCUACUGGGGCCAUUUAGAGAUUUGCCGACUCCUUGUGGAGGCGAGAGCAGCGUUGAACAGCUAG